GCAAGUCAUUCUGUCGCUAAGCCGCGGCCGUUACGGUGUGCGCCGUCAUUUGCCGGGACCUGCAUAUCCUACACGGUGUAUGACCGCAGGCUGUCCACCUUCGGUAGUUCAGCUGUCCGUCCCUGGUCAGGAUCGUGCUGUGCCAUGAGGAGAUGAUCCCGGCACGCAUUCUGUAUCGGCCGCUGGCUAGGCGGGGCGGCCUUGAGGCGUCAUCGCUCGCCGCGGCCCGUAUCGCCCAGCUCCGACUUCCACUCGCCCCGGGACACAACAGGCGAACAUCCCGGAGAUGGGAGACCACUGUCAGCACCGAGUACAAGGAGAGCGGGCAUAUCGCCGCCGCACCCCACGAGGCUAUUCUCUUUUUCAGCAACCUAUUCCCCAUGAGGCUCAGUCUCAUCACCUUCUUGCGCCCAUGGGAGAGCAGUCGCGAUGUCGCCGAUAUCCUCAAAAAGUUUGAAAACUCGUCUUUUGGCAUGCUCGAUCCCAUCAACAUGGUCAAGCGGGCUAUCCCUGAAGACGUUCCGAUCAAGGUCACGGAUAUUAUUCCCCGGCUCAAGGACGGCGGCGCGUUUGUGAAAUUUACCCAUCUAGGCGACAUGUCGGCAUCCCAGAUCCAAGACAACCUCGCCGACCUCCUGGACAAGAACCCAAUCCGGCCGUGGUUCAGCCUCUUCCGGGGCAUCAGAGUCGGCCUUGUUCAGGGCCGCCCAUGGCUCGAGGACCUCUACCGGUUCCCAAAGGGCCGCUUGAGGGUCGAGUUUGUGCCUGCUACUAACUCGGAGCCGCCUGCAGAUCUCUCCCAAGAGACGCUGUACAGCAUCUUUCGUCAGUACGGAAAGAUUAGCGACAUCUCUUCUCAAUCUUCCGAGUCCAAAGUCGUACCAAGGUAUGCCUACGUCGAUUUUUCCAUGGUCAGGGACGCCGUAAUGGCAAGGAAUUGCAUGCACGGCUUCAUUCUCCGCGAGGAGGGCAGCAAAACUGCAACCAAGUUGCGCCUGUCAUACGAGCAGCGUGUCAAGGCUCACCGCAUCUGGGACUGGGUUUCGAACCACCCACGGAUUGUCAUCCCCAUCGUUGCCGCCUUCUUGGCUGCAUUCACUGUGGCCGUGUUUGAUCCGAUCCGCGAGUACUUUGUUAAGGCCCACGUACAAAGGUCUUUUGAGUUCACCAACAGCAAGCUGUACAAAUGGUUCAAGCGUCAGGCGGACGAUAUUCGUGUGUUCCGUAAGCGGAGAAACGAGCACGAAGGCCUCAAUGCGCUAUUUACCCACCGCAAGGAUCUGAUUGACUCCAUACACGGCGCAUUGCUGGACUCGGUAGACACCUUUGUUGUCGUCCAUGGGCCGCGGGGCUCCGGAGGGAGGGAGCUUAUUUUAGACCAAGUUCUCCAAGGACGGAAGGAUGUUUUGGUCCUGGACUGCAAGCCGGUUGUGGAGGCCCGUGGCGAGGCUGGUCUCAUUGGGAACCUUGCCGGUCAGGUUGGGUAUCGACCCGUGUUCUCGUGGUCCAACAACAUAAGCAACCUCGUCGACCUCGCCAUUCAGGGGACGACGGGCGUCAAGGCUGGCUUCUCCGAGAACCUGGAAUCACAGGUCGUCAAAAUCCUCGAGAUUUCUGCCUCGGCGCUCAAGAGCGUUGCCCUGGACGGCAGAAAGAAGACGGACCCGGACGCGGACCUCUCGGAAGAUGCUUACCUCGAGGCCCACCCGGAAAAGCGAGCCGUCGUCGUCAUCGACAAUUUCUUGCACAAGAAUGAGGACAAAGCCAUUGUCUACGAUAAACUUUCCGACUGGGCUGCAGCUCUUGUGCAGUCCAACAUCGCUCAUGUCAUCUUCUUGACCAAUGAUACUUCGUAUUCGAAGUCGCUAUCCAAGGCCCUGCCAGAUCGCGUCUUCCACCAGGUCACACUAGGCGACUUGUCGCCCGUCGUUGCGAAGCAAUUUGUCAUCUCCCAGCUUGCCUUUCAGGAUGGCUUAGCAGAUACCGAAGGCGAGGAUGCAACCCCCAGCCCUGUCAUCACCGAAAAGCAGCGCCGGGAAGAUCUAAGAGAGCUGGACGAGUGCAUAGAGGCGCUUGGGGGACGUCUGACGGACCUGCAAAUCCUUGCGCGCAGGCUCAAAAUCGGCCAGACUCCCAAGAAGGCUGUUUCAGAAAUCAUCGAGCAGAGCGCGGCAGAGAUCUUGAGGAUGUUCUUGCUCACCAACAAGAAAACUGGCGAAGGAGACAAGAGCUGGUCGACAGAGCAAGCUUGGUAUCUGAUCAAGGAGAUAGGGGAGAAGGAGAGCCUCCGGUACAACGAAGUGCUGCUGUCCAACACAUUUGCUUCUUCCACCAGCCCUGGGGCUGCCAAUGCCGAGUCCGCCAUCGAGAGCCUGGCCGACGCCGAGCUCAUCACCGUCAAGUCGGUGAACGGGCGUCCCCAGACGAUUCGCGCCGGCAAGCCCGUGUACCAGUCGGCCUUCGCCAAGCUGCUGCAGGAUACUGUGAUCAAGUCCAAGAUGAACCUGGCGCUGCUGACAGAGCUCGCAAAGAUCGAGACCAAGAACAUUGACAAGGUCGAGACGGAGCUCAGCGUGCUCGCGAGCCUGCCGACUAAGCCCUACCAGACCACGGACCGGAUCAACUACCUGCUCGACAAGCUCCAGACUAGCCAGAAGAAGAUCAUGGCCUUUGAGAAGGACAUGGCGGGGCUGAAGAAGGUGCUGUCACAGGAGGCCUAAGGGCGGACAGCGAUGCUGUCGUAGAUAGUAUAGUAGGUCUAUAUACUUGGGGUGUGCUGGUAGUAUAUUUUGCGCUAGUCAGAAGCCUGCUUGUAUCGGUAUUGCGACUCCUCUCAGCGGACAGGCCUACAGACAUUGAACAUAGAUACCCUUCUUCGAUGUGAACAAUUUUAUUAGUUUUCUUGAAACGACUGACGUUCGAAUCUGUCUUCCUAAUGCGGGGCAGGAUGGUUUGAGCCUCGUUUUAUUUAGAUAUUUACCUUUCUUAUUUACCAUGUUAUCUUGGUUCGCCUCUGGCAUGAAAGGGGGAGGUGGAGACGAAGAAAAGCGAAAACAAUGUGGGACAAGCAGCUGCCAUUAACGAGCAGACGUCACCCCGUUCCACAGACCGCA